GCCAACACAAUGUGAAUACACGUAAGUACCUUUUGUUUAAUUGAUGUAAACCUAAUUGUUCAUAAUUAUCGCCACAAUUUGGGCUAUAAAAGCCAAGCCCUCGGAAAACCCAAAGGCAAAAACCUGCCGAAUGGACAAUAAACAGGAUCGCAUUAGGUCCAUGAACCUGAUUCUAAGGGUGAUGCAAUUAUUCGGCCUGUGGCCCUGGUCCCUAGACAAAGAGGAACAAUGGACGCUAUUGGGCUUUUUGAAACGCAACUACCGCUACUUGCUGCACCUGCCCAUUACAUUCACCUUCAUUGGGCUGAUGUGGCUGGAGGCGUUGGUGUCCAGCAACCUCGAGCAGGCCGGCCAGGUUCUGUACAUGUCGAUUACCGAGAUGGCGCUGGUGGUCAAGAUUCUCAGCAUAUGGCAUCACCGCACGGCAGCCUGGCGACUUAUGGAAGAACUGAAAAUUUCUCCGGACUACGCCCUUCGCAGCCAGAUCGAGGUGGAUUUUUGGCGAAAGGAACAAAGCUUCUUCAAGCGGUUCUUCUACAUAUACAUCCUGAUAAGUCUGGGCGUCGUCUACAGUGGAUGUACGGGUGUCCUUUUCCUGGAUUACUACGAACUGCCGUUUGCCUACUAUGUGCCUUUCGAGUGGAAAAACAAAAGAGGAUUCCGUUUAGCUUAUGGCUACGAUAUUGCUGGCAUGACGUUGACUUGUAUUUCCAACAUAACACUGGAUACCCUGGGCUGCUAUUUUCUGUUCCACAUAUCCCUUCUGUAUCGUCUGCUGGGAUUUCGUUUAAGGAAUCUCAGGGAUAUACAAGAUGAUAUUGAUUUUGGCCAGAAGCUGCGAAACAUCUUUCAGUUGCAUCAAAACAUAAAGAGAUUAUCUCUGACCUGUCAAAAAAUCGUCUCUCCCUAUAUUCUAUCACAAAUUAUUCUCAGUGCUUUGAUUAUUUGCUUCAGCGGCUAUCGCCUCCAGCACGUGGGAAUUCGCGCCAAUCCCGGCCAAUUUAUAGCUAUGUUGCAGUUUGUUAGCGUUAUGAUACUCCAGAUAUAUCUCCCUUGUUAUUAUGGGAACGAAAUAACCAUCCAUGCCAACCAGUUAACCAACGAAGUCUAUCACACCAACUGGCUACAUUGUCGGCCGCCCAUUCGAAAGCUUUUAAACUCAUAUAUGGAAUACCUUAAGCGUCCUGUAAACGUUCGAGCUGGAAACUUUUUUGCCGUCGGAUUACCAAUUUUCGUUAAGGUUAUUCUUAUAAAAUUUCUUUGGUUUCUACUUUUAAAAUAGUUGUUCUAUUCCGCAGACCAUCAACAAUGCUUACAGUUUCUUAGCUCUCCUACUGAAUGUAUCCAAGUGACAUAAUGGCACUUUUAAACACCAAUACCAAUGAAUUUGUAUUUAAGAAACAAUAAAAUA